AUGACAGAGGUCGCGAGUCAUGACAUGCUCUCCGAGCUGCUCAUCGCCAAGAUGCUCGAAGACGACAUGCGGGAGCUCGAAAACGCUCGCGCAGCUGAAGAAUUUCAGCUCAGCGAGACUCUUCGAUCUUCCGCACUUGCAGCAGGACGAUUUCCCAAGAAGAUCCAGCCCGUGGCCUUGGGUCGUUCUGACCAUGACGUCGCCCUCGAGGUUCUUGCCGCUGAGGUCCUGGCGAACAAGGACGCAGUGAUCGCACAGAGCUGGCAGCAUGCCGAAGAUAGCAACCACCUCGCAAGCAGGCAGUACGCCCAGAAGCUCGUCGCCGCUGAGAAGAAGAGUGCUAUAGAUGCAGAGUUUGCGAGACGCCUUCAGCAAGCCAUUGAUAACGGAGAAGAUGACGUCGAGAUGCGCGAUGCUGAGAGCGUUCUUGGACAGCAUGCUAUAGAGGACAUAAUGGCCGGUGACAUGAACGAGAAAGGGAAAGGCAAACAGCCAGCUGUCUUCAAGGGCAAGCGCAAACUCGAAGAGAUAGAUAAGGAAGAAGACCUUCCCGUAAACCUUUAUCCUACUUGUGGGAUCUGCAUGGAGCCUUUCCAGGCAACGUAUUCUCCCGCAGCCGCGGCGCGUUCUGCGAACUCUUCGUCGCGCCUCCAGUUCGGCACCUCUCUGCCUUGUCCGAUGUCUCACUCGUACUGCAUCUCGUGCUUGACCGGCUACAUCAACAGCAAGCUAGACCCGGAAGGGAACGGGAGUGUUGGGAGUCAGAACGCAGUCGUCUUUCCGAUACGGUGCCCCGAGUGCCCCGUCGCGGAAUGGCCAGAAGGCAUUCCAGACGAAAUUGCACAGCGCGUGCUAUCGGAGAAGGGCAUGGUUCUCUGGCAUCACCAGAAACUACUAGACAGUCUUCCUCGCCAUUACUGCCCGAAUCCUCGAUGCUCUGCGCUCGUUCAACUGGAUGAAGACUCUGAGAACCCUCAAGCGGUUUGUCCGUCAUGCCAAUCGGUUAUAUGCGUACCCUGCCGGGUUGUUUGGCACGAAAAUCUUACAUGCGAAGACUACCAGGCACUACCAUUGGAUGACCGAUCUCCGGAAGACCAGAAGGCACUACAGCUGAUGAAGGCCGAGAACUGGAGAAGAUGUCCUAGUUGUGCUUUCAUCGUGGAGCUGGCUGUUGGUUGCAACCACAUUACCUGCAGAUGCAAGACAGAGUUCUGCUUCAAGUGCGGUUCUAUAUGGGAUGUCCGGAACAAGCGGUGCUCGCGCGAGCCUUCGUGCGAUCUGUGGGACGACGAGAUGCUCCUCGAGGAACGUGAACGUGCCCGUGAGCGCGAGCAAGCUGCUCGACAGCCGCCACGCGCGCACCUCGGCAGGGCUGUAGCGAUGCCCCCGGCGCCCGCGCCCUAUGUGCCCCUGCCGGUUUAUGUGCCGCCGCUCAGAGUUGCAGAUGACGAGGAGCUCUCAUGGAUAACUGACCCUGACGUUAUCUGCGCGCGCCACUGGUUCACCGCGGCGAUGAUCAACACGCUGACGUGCCAGUACUGCGACACGAAGCUGAACUCGCUGGCGGACCUACGGUACCAUCUCACCCACGUGCGGCGGCACGCCGUCUACGCCUGCUGCGGCCGGUUCUUCAAGCGGGAGGUGGACUAUGACCGGCACAUGGGAGCACGAUAUGACCAUGAGCAUAACUUCCGGCGCGACUGA